UGCCAAAGUGUCAGGUGUCAGUCAGUCAGUCAUUCUAUGUCACAGUAGUAGUCGUGCUCCGUUUUUCUUAAUAAAAAAAAGAAAAUUAUUACAAGUGUUUUUUCAUUAAAAAAAAAAAUAAAAACUAAAAGUCCAACAGAGAAUUUAUUAUUAUAAAAUAAACCAUUAAAUAAUUAAAAUCAGAUUAAUUCUCCGUUUAGACGAUAAAAGCUAAAAGAAAUAUCUUUGUUUUUCUAGUUUUUCUUGUGAAACCUCUUUAUUAAAAGCAAAAAAAUAAUAAUGUCCGAGAAGAAAGCCUAUCCGGUCGGUCCACAUCCACCAACGGGUUUUGUUCCCGCUCAAGCUCAACCAACAACUUAUGGCGUUGCAGGAGCUCCGCCCUAUGGAGUGUUUCCUAAUCAACCCCAACUUUACGCAACGCAGGGGCCUCCUCCGCCUACAUAUGAUCAAACUCUUACACAUCCGAUGAUGUAUCAGCCAAUGUAUGGACAGGGUUAUCCAGGAGGUUAUCUAACUGGCUAUCCAACUGCUUACGGUCCAUUGCAGUAUUAUCCGCCAUUGGCUGCAGCUGCUGCUUAUUAUCCCGCCGCUGCCAUGCAACCUGCUCCAGUCAGGUCCACUCUCAUGGUACCUAAUGGUUUCGAAGGAAUCUCGCAGCAAGUUUUACCUCCACCACCGCCAGGAGUCGCUGCAAAUGCAGCACAAUUAGCGGCAAUGGCAAGCCACAGUGUCGCCCUCUCGCAAAAGAAGGGCUCGUUUCUUGGAGGGGGAACAGAUGGUGGUUAUACCUUUUGGUAAAUAAAUUGUUCGUCUUUUUUUUGCGGUGUCACAUAAUACACACACACAGACACAAAUAUUGUAGAACGAGACAUAAACGCAAAAAAAAAUAAUUAAACAAAAAAAAACAACAACAACAACAAAAACAAGGAAGAAAAGAAGAAGAGGAAGAAGAAGAGGAGGAAGAAAAAAAAAGCAAGUUAAAGUUGAUCAACCAGGCAUUGUUGUUGAGAUCCGUGUAGGCAAAUUUCAAGAAAAAAAAGCAAAAAAAAAAAAAAAAAAAUUACUGUCUUUUUAGAAGUUUAUAUUUUCAAUUUUUGUCAGGCGCAAUCUUUCUCAAAUCGCGCGUCUGAGUGUAUGGACCGUCCGACGAUUUAAAAAAAAAACCCGCUUGUCACUUUUUUUUUUGUUUAACAUUGAAAAAAAAUAUCGCGCAAGUAAAAAAAAAUUAUCCCCCUCCCCUCUUAGGAAGUUGAAAUUUCUCAAAACUGCAGAUUCUGCAGAGCGGACGAUCUGUACAUUUUUGAGUUUAUUUUUAAAGAAGUUUUGAUUUUUUUUUAAAAAGCGAAAUACUAAUGCGCUAUAUUCAGUAUUAAAUUGAAAUAAAAUUCGAGAAAUGCCAAUGCGAAUGUUUAACAAAUGAAAUAAAAAAAAAAUGGGCGAUUUCUCUGUAACGGAAAUUUAAAAAAAAUGGAGAGAAGUGGGGGGUCGGUAAGGUAGGAAAAAAUGAAUACGUUCCAUGGAAAUCGCGGGCAUUGCAAAUCGUGUCGUAAUUUUUGUUGAAAUGAGGGAAUGUGAGUGAACUUUGAAGUUGAAUGAAUGUGUGGAGUGUGAGUGUGUUUAAAAAAAUAGCAAAAAAAAAAAAAUGCUCGCAAAAUGUUAUUGUUUUUAAAAGUUAACAAAAAAAAAUUAUGGAGUGAAUUCGCCUGCAGGGAUCGAUUAAAUCGAUGUGUGUUCGAAGCCUGUUUUUUUAGGGAGAGAGAGAGA